GUAAAUGGCUCCUGGAGAUAUAGUCUGUCUUUCAGUCCUGAUUCCUCACACCUCUGCUCUUUUGGAAGAAAAACAGAAAAUGACCAAGUCUCAUGGUCCAUUGUCGUUUGAGGAUGUGGCUGUAGCUUUCACCAAGGAGGAGUGGCAGCAACUGGAUCCUGCUCAGAGGACCCUAUACAGAGAUGUGAUGCUGGAGAACUUCAGCCACCUAGUCUCAUUGGGACAUCCAGUUUCCAAACCAGAUGUCAUCUCAAAGUUGGAACAAGGAGAAGAGCCAUGGAUCAUAAAGAGAGACAUACCAAAUUGGAUCUAUCCAGAGAGUGAGAAUAGACUCGAAAAUCCUCAAUUGGAUAUGCUUGGAGGUGUUUCCUUCCAUAAGGAGAUAUUGGAAAGUGUAACAAGAGAUCGUUCAUUGUACUCCAUUUUUAAAGUCUGGCAGGAUGAUGACCAGGUGGAGAGAGAUCAGGAAAAUCAAAACAGACUUCUCAGGCAAGUCAUGGCCAUCAAAAAUAAAACAGUUGUUGAAGAGUCUGGCUAUUCAUUUAAGGCAUUAGGAAAACGAUUUCAUGACUACACAGACCUAGAUGCUUCAAAACAAAGACUGUGUAAAUGUAACUCAUUUGAAAAGAGCUUGGAACCUAAUAUAAAGUUAUUCCAUUGUACUAGGGGUUAUGCAAGAAAAAACACUGAUGAGAAUUUUGGAUGUGGGAGCACACUUAUUUCUUCCUAUUCUAAACAUGAAAAAAAUCAGAAUGGGGUGAAACACUGUGAAGGUAGUCAAUGUGGAAAGAUUAUCAGCAAUAAACAAUCUCUUAUUCAAUAUGUGAAUGAUGAAACUGGAGAGAAGACCUGUGAAUGCAUUGAAUGUGGAAAAUCUUUUCUAAAAAAGUCACAACUCCUAAUACAUCAACGAACUCAUACUGGAGAGAAACCAUAUGAUUGUGGUGCAUGUGGGAAAGCCUUCAGUGAGAAGUCACAUCUCAUUGUACAUCAGAGAACUCAUACUGGGGAGAAACCUUAUGAAUGUUCUGAAUGUGGAAAAGCUUUCUCUCAGAAAUCAUCCCUCAUUAUACAUCAGAGAGUUCAUUCUGGAGAAAAACCAUAUGAAUGUAGUGACUGUGGGAAAGCUUUCUCCCAGAAAUCACCCCUCAUUAUACAUCAGAGAAUUCACACUGGAGAGAAACCUUAUGAAUGUAAUCAAUGUGGGAAGGCCUUCUCCCAGAAGUCACAGCUGGUUAUACAUCAUAGAGCUCAUACUGGAGAGAAACCAUAUGAAUGUACUGAAUGUGGGAAAGCCUUCUGUGAGAAGUCCCACCUCAUUAUACAUAAAAGAAUUCACACUGGGGAGAAACCUUACAAAUGUGCUCAGUGUGAGGAAGCCUUCAGCAGAAAGUCAGAACUCAUUAUACAUCAGAUAAUUCAUACUGGGGAGAAACCUUAUGAAUGUACUGAAUGUGGGAAGACCUUCUCCCGGAAGUCACAGCUCAUCAUACAUCAGAGAACGCAUACUGGAGAGAAACCUUAUAAAUGCAGUGAAUGUGGAAAAGCCUUCUGUCAGCAGUCACACCUCAUUGGACAUCAGAGAAUUCACACAGGAGAAAAACCUUAUGUAUGUAGUGAAUGUGGAAAAGCCUUCUCUCAGAAGUCCCACCUCCCAGGGCAUCAGCGCAUUCAUACAGGAGAGAAACCAUAUGUAUGUGCUGAAUGUGGAAAGGCCUUUUCCCAGAAGUCAGACCUUGUUGUACAUCGGAGAAUUCAUACUGGGGAAAGACCCUAUCGGUGUGCUGUAUGUGGGAAAGCAUUCAUUCAGAAGUCACAACUCACUGUACAUCAGAGAAUUCAUACAGUGGUAAAAUCAUAAGAAUGGGCUAAGCCCAGAAAAGUCUAAGGUAUCUGCACAAGCCUUAAUAAAUAAUACAAAGCUCAUGGAUUUCAUUAGUUUGAUGGCAUCUUUACUGAUAAAAUUUCACAAGCAAAAUAAAGUUCCUAAUGUGUUUAAUUUUUUUAUCAGAGAUAAUACAGACAUCUCAGUUAUAUAAAGAAUGGGCAUUUUCAUUAUGGGAUGGAUGUAAGACUUUUGAGAUUUGAACUGAAUGAUAAAUAUAAAAAGUUACAAAUAUAGCUUAUUUUGAAAUUAGAUAUUUAUGAUUAUGUUACAUAACAGGAAUUGGACAUGCGGUAAUAUUAUUAACAUUAACUUAGCAUAAUUAUGACUGUGUAGUAAUUCCCCAUAGAGGACAUGAAGAAAGCUUGAGUCAAAAGAUGCUACAACCUAGUAACUGUGCUUGGGGGAAGGAUUUGUUUCUCCUAAAGGUACCUGUGAAAUUAUUCUUUUAGAUAGAUGGAAAGCUGGAUUGAUAAGGUUCAAUAAAUGUCUUUUUGUUUGCUUGUGUGUUUCAUUUCAAGAGUAUAAGUUGGUCUGUGUCAGUGGAUGGACCCAGGAUCUUGGAAUUGACAUUUCUUGCUAUUUCUCUCUUUUACUGUUCCCCUCUAGGAGCUUGGUAUGAUGGAAGGACAUAGCUGGUCAGGGAUUUUAAUGCUUAUUCCAUUACUCACAGGUUGUGUGACUUCAGGGAAACCCUUUUCCAUCCACAAUAUCUGUCCCCUCAUCUGUAUAUAAAAUUCUGGCAGAAAAUAUGUGUUUAGCUCAUAUUUAUCCCUUUUUUUCCCUCCCUGUUCUUUUGCAGGAGGUUGCUAAUACCCAGUUGUAUUCCUUUAAGCUUGAUUUGCAUUCUAGAUGCUGUGUUUCUGAUUCCCAGUUUCCUUUCCUGUCUUUUCUUGUCAGUUACACUGCCCUUGUUUCUGGUG